UGGCAAGAGUAGGAUAACAGAGGUUGGACUGCAGUCAACAUUACAAAUGUAAGAGGAGGAAAAUCAAGAGGAUACUGGGAGAGUGACCACUCUGGACAGCAGAUCACGGCCCAGACGUGUGAGCCCAGCAGGCAGGAGCCUCAGGUGUCCAGAUGAGGGAGUGGACCGAAGCAGAGAUGGCCAUGUCAGCCGGGGGCUACCUCUCCUCCGACGGCUACAGCCUCUCAGAGCCACUGCAGUACUACGAUGUCCUUGUGGAUCCGCUGGGUUACUCUUUCCAGGAGUCCGAGCUCCAGGCUCCGUUUCCGUUCGGCCAGCAGCAGUACAACCCCGUCAACGUCCAGUUCUCCGUCUACGGUCCUCCGGCCACCCAGCCCUGCAGCAUGCCCUACUCCUGCAGCCCCCAGGGCCCCGACUUCAGCUGUGACCCCGAGCUGGAGGUGGUGCCGUCCCAGGGACGGGCCAUGCUGGCUGGGCACCCCCUGAUGAAGAGGCCCCGGCUGGGCCCAGGGGCUCGGGUGAGGGGCCAGGAUGAGCUGUGUGUGGUGUGUGGGGACAAGGCCUCAGGGUACCACUACAAUGCCCUCACCUGCGAGGGGUGCAAAGGCUUCUUCAGGCGCAGCGUAACCAAGAAGGCGGUGUACCGCUGCAAGAGUGGUGGGGCCUGCGAGAUGGACAUGUACAUGCGCCGGAAGUGCCAGGACUGCCGGCUGAGGAAGUGCCGCGCCGUGGGCAUGCUGGCUGAGUGUCUGCUGACAGAGGUGCAGUGCCAGUCGAAGAGGCUGAGGAAGGGCAGCAAGCACAAGGGAGGUCUGGGCUCCAGCCACGCCGCCGAGGAGGACGACAGCUCCGAGGGACGCGCGGUCAGCUCCACCAGCAGACUAGCAGCACGGGUGCCCUCUGGGUUAUCAAGAGACCAGAAGUGUAUACUAGACAGAAUUGUAGAGUCCCAUCGUCGGUACAGGACGCAAGAUAAUGUGCAAUAUAGGGUAUCGGAGUGGCUGAGCAUGGGACAUGGGGACAAAAUGAGUGAUCUGACCUCUUCUCAGUGUCAGAGGCUCCUCCUGUUCCUCAAGAGUGUACCUGGGUUUGAGUUACUGGACUGUACAGACCAGAACACACUUCUUUGCGAUGCCUCUGUUGAGGUCAUGUUUCUGCUUGCUGCACAGCAGUUCACAGAGAACCCGUCAACUCGCAAUGCAGUGAACAUCAACAUCUCAAACCAUGGUUGGAUGAAGGUCAUAGAGUCCAAAGACAUGGUGAGGAAUGAUGCUGUCUCAGGGGCCAGUGAGGACUUGCUUGCACCAGUUCUGAACUUCUUCCACAGCAUGGCAUCUUUAGGAGUCACAGAGGCCGAGUAUGCACUGCUCAUGGCCAUAUCAAUCCUGUGCUCAGACAGGCCUCUACUGCAGGCGGUGGAUCGUGUGGAGAGCCUCCAGGAGCUUGUUCUCGACCUGCUGUCUCGACUCUGCUCCAACCAGGGCCCAGGUCGCGACCCCCGACAUUUCGCCAGGCUGCUGGGAAGGCUGACCGAGCUACAGACGCUCUGCCACAACCAUCUUACCAUGCUGCAACAGCAAAGCUGGCAUAUGCAGCCAUGAGUGGGAGGGAGACAGACAGAGGGAUAAUAAGAGAAUUUGGGAAGGAGAAUGAAAGAAUCUUUGUGUGAAUCUUUGUGUGUACUGUACAUAAAAAAACUAUUUCCAGUCAAAACGUAUACUUAGAGUAUUUUAUAAAGUAUCUUUCAAAUCAGUUUAGCGGGCAUGUUUUUUUUUAUUGUUGUGAUGAGUA